GCCGCCGGCCGCCGCCGGCUGCCGCCGCCAGCCUUCUGGGCGCGUCUCUCUCCUGCGACCCUGGCCUCUGGCCCCGGCGAGAUAGCCGGGCCAGGCGAGGUUCUGGCCUGACCUGCGAGGUGACCUUCGUUCAGUCCCCUGUCGCGCCAAGCCUUGCCCCCGUCAGUGCGUGAGCCUGUCUCAGCCUCUCCAGCGGUUUGAGAACACCGACCUGCAUUGGCCCCAUAUUCUGCCCAGUGGCAGGGGGAGUGUCGGGCCGCCAGGCCCAGGGGCGGGGCCCGAGGAGAUGCCCCUGCAAGUGAAAUGGCCAUUCCCCGCGGUGCCGCCGCUUACCUGGACACUAGCCAGCAGCGUCGUCAUGGGCCUGGUGGGCACCUACAGCUGCUUCUGGACCAAGUACAUGAAUCACCUCACCGUCCACAACAAGGAGGUGCUGUACGAGCUCAUCGAGAACCGAGGCCCUGCCACUCCCCUCAUCACCGUCUCCAAUCACCAGUCCUGCAUGGAUGAUCCUCAUCUCUGGGGGAUCCUGAAACUCCGCCACAUCUGGAAUCUGAAGUUGAUGCGUUGGACUCCUGCGGCUGCAGAUAUCUGCUUCACCAAGGAGCUACACUCCCACUUCUUCAGCUUGGGCAAAUGUGUGCCUGUGUGCCGAGGAGACGGUGUCUACCAGAAGGGGAUGGACUUCAUUUUGGAGAAGCUCAACCAUGGGGACUGGGUACACAUCUUCCCAGAAGGGAAAGUGAACAUGAGUUCUGAGUUCCUGCGCUUCAAGUGGGGAAUUGGGCGCCUAAUUGCUGAGUGUCAUCUGAACCCCAUUAUCCUGCCACUGUGGCAUGUUGGAAUGAAUGACGUCCUUCCUAACAGCCCACCCUACUUCCCCCGCUUUGGCCAGAAAAUCACCGUGCUGAUUGGGAAGCCCUUCAGCGCACUGCCCAUGCUAGAACGGCUCCGGGCGGAGAACAAGUCAGCUAUGGAGAUGCGCAAAGCCCUCACGGACUUCAUUCAGGAGGAAUUCCAGCGCCUGAAGACCCAGGCAGAGCAGCUCCACAACCACCUCCAGCCUGGGAGAUAGACACCAUCCUGCCUGGCCCCAGGGAAUGGAUGGGUCCCCUGAGGCUUGGAGAAGAGGCAGUAUUGGGACCUCAGUCCCAGCUUGGCUGGCUCUCAGUGCUGCCUUCGGAUUCCUGCUUCUCACAAAACUGGGACUGGGGGAUGGAGUGAUGCUUUUAGUUUGGAUACAGUUUUUAGACAGACUGUCUCAUGAUUCCUACUGGGUGCCCUCUUCUACUUCGUGAGCAUCUAGCUCCUCCAUGGUUCAUCAGUUAAAAAGCGGGUCUCAGUGCCAGGCAUGGUGGUACAGUUUAUAAUCCCAGCAACUUGGGGAGCGGAAGCAGGAAGAUCACAAG